GAACCACAGUCUCUCCCCCUCCAAACGUGGGUUGCGAGAGGCAACGGUGACCGGCUGGCGGACCUGCCAGUCCAAAUCGAGCACCGCUUCCCAUUGGGCUGCUUGUUUGGAAGGUACCGAAGGAUCCGCCCCGUUUUUAUGCACCAGGAAGUUCAGGCUGCCAAUCAGUGGGCGCCCCGAACCGUGGCCUUGACAGGAGAGGCCGCUUGGGGGCUGGGGUCGUCUGAAAUCAGGUAAGGAACGGGGUGGGAUUUCAGUUCGUCCUUGGCUGCAGCUCACAGCACUGACCAAGGUGCUGUUUGAUCGCCUUGUUUUUAGAAAGCAAAAGCGCCGUGUCCCAGAGCAUCAGCAGAGUGCAUAUGCUCGCAUAGAUUAAUUCCACUCCGGCUAGGAGGAGGAGAGGAGAUCUCUCAGUGCUCUUGGGAAGAUUUGCUAGCGGAAAGCUGCUCCAAGGCAGAGAGGGGACUGCAGAGGGGAAAGGAGCCUGCCCUGCUGCGCUCUCGGGGGCAGGUUGGAACUUGCUGGCGGGCUGUGAUGACUAAUGAUCAUCAGGAGAUCGUUUUGAGGAGCGCUGUUAGGUAUCCCCUGUGCUGUGGAGGCUGUUGCCGGUUCCAUGCUUUGGAACAUUAUUCUAGCAGAGAUGCAACAGGCCACCUGGCUUCCGACUUUCAGGAGUCUCUUUGAAGACCUUUUUGGGGGGGGGCAGCAGUCCUAUGCGCAGUUGUUUUUAAAAAUUCUUGAGGAAGGCAGUCAUAUUAAUGAUUUUUCUGGGGUUUUUUUAUGUUGCUGUCCAUUGCCCUGAUAUUUUAUGAAAGAUGUAUAAAUCGGCCCACUUUUGUGGAAUAAUCUGCCAAUAGAGAUCCAGCAGGUGCCUUCAGUUUUAGCUUCUAAGUGCCUCCUGAACAUUUUUCUUUUCCAUUGGGCUUAACGCAGGCAAUUAAGAUCACAUAUUUCCAUAGCUGUUGGCUGAUUUCGACGUUUUUGUAUGUCUUUCUUGCUGUAUUUUAUGGGUGGUUUUUUUUUUUAAAAAAUGAAGUAUAUAAAUAUUUUAAUAAAGAGCAUUCAAUCACAGCAAAACAAACAAACAACCCUCUACCUUGUUUGAGAGGCCAGCUGCUUAGUAUACUUUUGGAAUGAGAUUUUGGCGUUUUCCUGGGAAAAAACAACCACCUGCUGUCUCCAAUAAGGGGAGGUCUGCCUUGUAAAUGAUGUUAACAUGUGGUUUUCAUAAGUCUUUCAGUCCAUCUGUCAUUCUGUGGACAGCCUUGGGCAGCAAGUGUCUCAGGAAUCGCGCUGCCAGUGCAUCAGAGGUCAAGGAUAGCUCUCACAGCCUUGGUUUAAAGCAUUACUGGCAGGGCUGUAAUGACUGCACUCCUAAGAAAAAGUCUGCCCUGCAGAAAAGUUUAAGAGAGAGAGGGUUGGAUUUUUUUAUUUCUUAAUGCUGGGUGGGUUGCCCUUACAAGUGAUGUUCCUUUAGGAGCUGCACUGCCUCUCUGCAUCCUUGCUUCUGCAACUCCAUGAUACCAAUUGAACCUCUAUUUUUAUCCAACAGGAUAUUAAAAACACAAGAAAACAUCAAACAUUAAACAUUUCCCUAAUCAAGGCUGCCUUCAGAUGUCUUCUAAAAGUCAGGUAGUUGUUUAUUUCCUUGACAUCUGAUGGGAGAGCAUUCCACAGGAUGGGCGCCACCACCGAGAAGGCCCUCUGCCUGGUUCCCUCGCAGGGCUUUAGGGCUUUAAAGGUCAGCACAUUUAAAACAGCACAAUUAACAGGAUAGUAAAACAUUCUCAUAUCCCCAUAUUGGGAAGGUUAAGGAGUAUUGGUUAGGGCAGGGUUGGGGAACCUCCCGUCUGCAGGUAAAAUUUGGUCUGCCAAGCCUCCCUGUUUGGCCUAUGAGGCCAUUUGAGGUAAGCCAUGCCCACUUGCCUACUCCUGUUGUCAUAUAUGUCAGGUGUGGGCCAGCUAAGGCAGGGCUUGGCCCAAAGGGACUUUCCAGGCACCGCCUACUGUAAGUGCCAUCAAAACCUCCUGCACAACACUUCCCAAGAGCACCUGGCAACCACCGGGUUGUCAGGUGCUUGGAAAGCGCUGCACAAAGUGCCCUGCAAGCUCUGUUUGUGGCACAUGGGAAGCACUGAGCACAUCAAAUCCCUGCUCAGCCAUGACGCUCAUUGGGUGCCCUUGGGCGCCAGUCACUGCCUCCCAGCCUAACCUACUUCACAGGGUUGUUAGGAUAAAACGGAGAGAGGGGAGACCUAUGUGCACCGCCUGGAGCUCUGCGGAGAAAAGGUGGCAUUUAAAUGCAAUAAGUAAAUAAAUAACAACGAUUGAACAGAAAGGCAGCAAUGCUCUUUCUUUUAAAGAAAGAAUUCCCCUUCAAGAGCCACUGGGAACUUCCAGCUUCUCAUGGAAAGAGCAACAUAUAAACUGUUUAUUCUCCUCUCCCCACCCUGGGGUUUGCUUUUAUGUUAUUUUAUUUCAGAAUUCUGCCUCUCCCUUGCUGAGUCACUGACAAGGAAUUCUUGGGCAGAGGCAGCAGAAAUCGCUAACGGUUACCUUGACUCAUCAUGAACUUUACCUUGGGGUGGGAGAAAGCCACUCCUUUCUCAACAGUGCAGUAGUAAAAUUAACUAUCUGGGGCAGGGGGGCGGGUGUUGGGGGAGGGAUGCAAGUGUAAAUGUGCAGUGGGAAAUUUAGAUUUCUCCAUGUUUGUUUUGGACACGUUUUGUUUCAAUUGUUGUGCCAUAUGCUGAUCUUUUCAUAUGCAAAGUCAUCUUGUCUUUUUAAUCAGUGAGCAAAAGGAUGUUACGAUUACUAAGAGCUAGCAUGGGUUUCUCAAAAACAAGCCAUGCUAGAUGAAUCACAUUUCUUUUUUUGAUAAGAGUUACAAGCUGGGUGGAUCAGGGGAAUGUGGUGGGCGUGGCAUAUCUUGAUUUCAGUAAGGCCUUACACAAAGUCCCCCAUGAUGUUCUUGCAGAGAAGCUGGUAAAUUGUGGCCUAGAGGAUGCUACUAUUAGCUGGAUUUGGAGCCAGUUGACUUACUGAACCUAACAAGGGGUGACUAAUAGUUCCUGUCUUCUGAGGGGUUCAACCUGUUGUAAACAAAAAUUGCCCUUUUUCCUUAUGGGGUAUCCAAGAGCCCAUAUAGAGUCCUAUUGGUAGGAAAGAAUAACAGAGGCCAACCAGAGAAUAUUGAGAAGCAAAGCAGCUAGUAAGCUUGAUCUUUAUUGAUCUGUUGCAACAGGGUGCUCCCCUCACCCACAGGAGAGGAGGAGGAACCCAGAAAAAUGGUGUGCAAAGCCUUAUAAAGACUUUUGAAAUUGCCACCCUGUAGAUCAAGACCACUCCCAGAAACAUCAUACAUACAUCACAGAAAAGGCGGUUUAAACAGAAAUUUGAAUGCUGUUUAUCUCCUGUCUAGCAGGUUACUUGAUUGGAUUGCCUUGGGAGCCUGGCCAAUCUUUUGUAAUGAUAAAUACUUAGUUCCUGGGCCAUGUCACAGGCUCACACCCUAUUCAAACACAGACAUACCCUUAAGAUAGGAUUUGUGAAGGAAAAGACAAUGGGGAGGCUUUUCCAUUUUCCUUUGACCUUGCAGAGAAAACAUUUGGUCAGUUUGGGACAGUUCGAUUCGAGAAAACAUUUGGUCAGUUUGAGACAGUUUGGGAAUCAAAAUGGUUCCAGGUCGGUCUUCCUGUGCUGAUCUAUGUAUGUGCGGCUAUGAACAUUACCAUAUAUCUAAGACUUCAAAAUUCCUAUCAUAGACCUAUCUCUCCCUGCUUUGUGUUGUCUGCAAAGGUGAUCAAGAUUCACCCCAACCCUUUAUAGAAGUCAGGGAAGAGAACCUUUUUCAGCUGAGAACCUCAGACAUGGAUUUUUAAAAUGGUGAGAAGUACCAGGGCAAGGCGAUGACCCACUCAAAACCUUCCUUCAAUGCCCUGGUUUGUGGAGUUUCCUUACAGCUCAAUAGAGCCAUCUGAUUCUGUUGCUACUUCACUGGUGUUUGUUAAAAAAAAAAGUGCCCCCUCCCCUCCCCUGCGCACAUUGACUUGCUAGAUCCUUCCCCCCUUCCAACUUUUGACACAGCACAUGAAUGAGGCCUCCUUUUUAUAUGAGGAGUGGCAAAAACGGUGGGUCAAGGAGUGUUUAAAAUCAGGCACAACUUCCUUUUGCGUAAGCCUCCCCCCCCCCCCUUGCUUUAAAAAACAACAACCUUGUACUGAAUACAAGGAAGUGACUUCAUGGUUUCAGAAAGGAAACAGAGUUUAUGGGGCUUUCCUGUUGCAGAUGCCUUCAUUGUGACCUUUGAGAGAGUGACUGAUCUCUUUGUGCCCGGGAGGAAAGGAGAGAGCACAUGGUGGCUUGAGCAGGCAGAAGAGGAAAGCACAUCCAGGGGCUCCUGGUAUGUAUGAUGCAAAAUACUCUUUCCUGGGUAUACAACUGCUUAGCAGAGGAAUGGUGCUUCCCUCUCCAUCCCUGAGGUGCCUAAAAAUAAUGUGAGCAUUUCUACUCAGUCUUACUUUUUCGAGAGCCGUAGUUCUGCAUGAGAGCCAGUGUGGUGUAGUGGUUAAGAGCGGUGGACUCGUAAUCUGGUGAACUGUGUCCCCGCUCCUCCACAUGUAGCUGCUGGGUGAUCUUGGGCUGGGUGACCUUGGACUUCUUUGAAGUCUCUCAGCCCCACUCACCACACAGAGUGUUUGUUUAGGGGGGAGGAAGGGAAAGAAGAAUGUUAGCCGCUUUGAGACUCCUUCGGGUAGUGAUAAAGCGGGAUAUCAAAUCCAAACUCUCUUCCAUUCUGCCAAAUGCAGCCACCCAGUGCCAGGAACAGAGGAACUUAUUUUGCAUGCGAGAAUUCCUAGAUAGCAGCUCCAGGUAUGGCUUGGAGAUAGGCAGCCUGUAGACUCAAGGCAGACAAUACUGAGAUGGAAGGUCUGCCUCAGUAUAAGGCAACUUCAUCCGAGCCUCUCUCAGAGGGGACACCUGGAAAAGGGCUUCAGGUGAAGGUUGAAGGGUCCUGGGAGGUUCAUACUGAGAGAUUUAGGCCAAAAUAUAUUUGGGUCCCAAGCCUGGAGAUCUGUUCCACACAGUACUAUGUAGGAAGUGAGCCUUUAGUGUUGUAGCACCUGCCCUUGGAAUGCCAUCCCAUUAAAUAUUAGGCGACAUCUCUGUUGUCUUUUCAGCAGCUACUGAAGACCAGCUUCUUUCAACGAGCCUUUUAAAGCAGGGCUAUUUCCCAGUCUGUGUCUGUCCUGGACUUGUACUUGCUGCCCUGGGUCCCUUUAGUAAAUAAAUAAGUAAAAAAAACCAAGGUAAUUUCCAAAUGAGAUCAGGUUCAAGUCCUAACUAGACUACUUACCUUAUUUUUCACCCUAUAGGACGCACUUUUUCCCCUCCAAAAAUGAUGGGGAAAUGUGUGUGCGUCCUAUGGGGCGAAUGUAGGCUCCUUGGCUUCAGCGAUAGCAACGCGAAGCCUCCAAAGCCUGCGCUCCGGAGGCUUCGCGUUGCUUUCGCUGAAGCCAGGAGAGUCUGCUCUUUGAGGCUGGCGGUGGGGGAAAGCAGCGCUUCCCCCCAUCGCCAGCCCCAGAGGAUCGGGGGCAGCGGGAAGGUGCGCGACGCCUUUGCGCUGCUCCCCAACCCCGCUUUGAGGCUGGCGGUGAGGAUGGUGGCGCUUCCCCCCAUCGCCAGCCCCACAAGCUGGGUUGAAAAGCCCGCAGGAGCCGCGUGUUCUUUAAAGGCUGCGUGGCUUCUGCAGGCUUUUCUAUGAGGUGGGGGAAUUUCCCCACCUCACAGAAAAGACCGCAGGAGCCGCACAGCCUUUAAAGAGCAUGCAGCUCUUGGGGGCUUUUCCCCAAGGAGGGAGAAGGGACUGACUGGCUGAGUCAGUCCCUUCUCCCUCCUGGGGGCUUUACGGGAGAUGGGGAAUUCCCCCACCUCCCGCAAAAGCCGCGCACCCUUUAAAGGGUGCGCGGCUUCUGCUGGCUUUUCUAUGAGGGGGGGGGAGGCCGCUCUUGGGGCCUUUUCCCCGAGGAGGGACAAGGGACUGAAUGGCCGUUUCAGUCCCUUCUCCCUCCUGGUCGAAAAGCCCGCAGGAGUUGCGUGUGGCUCCUGUGGGCUUUCGUGGGAGGUGGGGGAAUUCCUCCACCUCCCGCAAAAGCAGGGAGGUGGUCUUGGAGUAGCGCACAGGCUGCGUGCAGCCUGUCCACUGCUCCCAGAUCUGCGCGGGGGGAAAUCAUAUUUUUUUCCUUGAUUUCCCCCCCCCCCCUGAAAACUAGGUGCGUCCUAUGGGCCGGUGCGCCUUAUAGGGCGAAAAAUACGGUAACUCAUUGGCAUUUAUCUGCAUUCAAAGCAUCUGCCCUCCCACUGAGCUAGGGAGCAGGCCACCCAGUGUUGAGCAUUCAUGUUUUGAAUUUGGGUGGGUUCAGCUUUCCUUCUGAAUUUAAUCUUGCCUCCAUCUAGGAUAGUUGCAGAUGGAACCUGCAGCAAAAACAACAACCAGUUGACAAGGGAGGUGGCUUCUUUAGGAUUUGGCAACAAACACUGAAUAGGGAACUCUUGUGGAUAUUCGUAUGAUUCCUCCUGCCUGACUUUUUACUGAAUGAUGUCAUUGAUUCUCUAUCUGCCUCCAAGGCUUAGUGCAGACAACCAGGUUGCCAACUGAUGGAGUAACUUUGCCCUCUGGAUAUUCACACAAUGACAUGUUCUUGUGAAGGGUGUCCAUGUGAUAAGUUCAUAAGUUAUUGCAUGAAAUGUUUUACCUGACGACCUAACUAUGUGUAGCCCCUUUUCACAAUACUAAUUUGCCUGCUCAGAGUCAUGUCCAUUAACUUCAGUGGGUCUGAGUAGGACUAGCAUUGGGUACCACCCUUUGGCAUUUUUCACCUCAGGAAUAAUGCAUCGUUUAUUGUGGUGUUUUCCUGGACUCCUUCAUGUUAUUUCUGUUUAUUUCAUUGACUGAUUUUUGUUCAUCUUGGGUGCGUUUGUUUUCCAGCAAAGAAAGCUACAUUCCCAAAUUUGCAACCAGCUGCCCUAGGAGAAUGCCGGUGCUGGCCCCAGACGCUUGGAGCUACAUCCCUGAAGAAAUCCUGGCCAAUAUAUUUUACUACUUGCCUCUUAAAGAUCGGCACACAGUAUUCCGUGUGUGCCGGCCCUGGGCUGCGGCAGUUUCAACCAGCUCCGUCUGGAGUUUUACAGAGGUCAGGUAAGAAGGGAGAGCUUAAAGUACAGCCUCUGUUUGAAGGUCUCCUUUGAAGAAGAGGCCACCACCUCCCGAGGAAGCCUAUCAAGUGCCUCUUCCCAUUUGGAAGUUUAUCCUGUUGUGCUGCAAUUGGUUCUGGUGGAGCAGAAGUAGCCUACAGUGUCAGAUCUUUAUCACCUCACCCCAAGAGGCCAGUUUUCAAGUGAGGGGUGUGGAGAACAACCCACUUGUCCAUGUUUGAUGGCAUCUUGACAUCAAAUGAUUGGCAGGUGGGUUGUCCUAUCCAUAUGCAGACAUUGGCCCAAGGUGAUAGAGUGGGUGGGACCUGCUGCCCAAGCAAGAUUGAACUCCCUCGUCAACUCAGUCUUGCUUCUUGCAAGGUUUGGACUCUCUAGCCAGUUCUCAGCAUAGAGCUGGGGCCACCUGAGGCUUUCUGUAGGCUGACAAGGCUUCUACUGCAGCCACCCCUUGCCCUCCUUGAGGAGCUGGUUGUGCUGGCUUAAAGGUUCCUUGGCCAAUUCCAUAGGUGCUGACUUCUGCAAUAUGGAAGGGAUGGGGGCCUUGUCCAUACAGUCCUGAGGAAGUUGGGACAGCUACAGCCUCAGGUUUGGAGGGCCUAGGGGGGAGUCCUGAGGUUCUUCCACCCCACCUCCAGCCGCCCCACUGACUGGAGAUUUCCUUCUCAUCUGUAUCUUCCUCAGGGAAGUUUGAGGAGUCUGAAAACCCGUAUCAGAGAGCCUAUAUCAAUGAGUGCAUUCCUGAUACUUUGGAUCACUAUGAGUUUCUAUUGAAUUGUAUUAAUGCUGUGAUGAAUUUGGGAUUUUUUUAAUUUUAAUUUUUGCUUUAUAUGCUACUGUGCUUUUGAUAGUUUUUAAAGCUAUUGUUUUUCUUGUGAGCUGCUUUGAGCUCAACAUUCGUUGUUGGAAAAGCAGGAUGCAAAUAUUAAACUGAAAUUUUUUAAAACCCCCAUCAUUUUUUGUCCAGUUGCAGCACAGAGGAUGAAGAUGGCGAAGGCACUUUGCAGAGCUUGCACCAGUUUCUGAGCCACAUCAAACACCUGAAAAUAGCCUUUGAUCAGUCUCAGGAGAAAACCCAGAGGAACGUCACUCAGAUUUUGGACAUGCUGGCCAAGCAGAACCACAAGUUGCAGGCUCUGUGCAUUGUGUGCAAAGGAGAAAACCCCCUUUUCUAUUCCGGCCAAGACAUCAUUCAGAGCAUCCGGAGAAUCUGCCAGAGCCAGAAUAAGACCAACCUUCAGCUUAUCGAUUUCCGGCAAAUGCCUUUCACUCUGGACGACGGGCUCAUUCAGCUGAUUGCAUCCAGCAGUCCAAAUCUGCAUACCCUGUUCAUCAACAACCGCACCCUGGUUUGCAACGUCAAGCCAGAGACGAUCUGUGAGGUUCUGAGGGCUUGUCCUAAAUUAUCUACCCUGGGGGUCUACUAUGCCAGCCUGUCUGAGGAUGUCUUCCAGGAACUGGUAAAGUCAAAUAGAGGGCCCUUCAAGUGCCUGGAUAUUUUCUGCGAGCGCCUGGACAAGUACAUCCCCGUCAUCCCGGAAGAGCUUUGGGCUAUGGUUCGUGAGAGAUAUCCACAGCUGCAGGUGGAGAUGGAGUUCGACCACACAGUCCCUGCGUGGAAGAUCCCUCGGAUUCUAAAGCCCAAUAUUCCCGUAACCAGUUUGCAGCUUAACACUUACACGUACAUGGUGAACCAGAUUCGGUUUGCCACCAGCAACUACAGCAAGACUCUGGAAAGGCUGGUCAUCCGCACUACGCCAUCUGAUGACCUCAACUCCUCGCUAAUAGAUCUAGCCAAAAAGUGUGUGCAUCUGAAAGAGGUCCACUGUUACUGUGUGGUUAGCCCAGCAGUGGUACAGGCCUUUCUUUUACACUGCAAGGGUUUGAGAAAGUACACUCUAAAGGUCACCACGGGACGCAGCACUUGGAAACCAACAAUAAUCCAGUGAUUUUCCAUCUGCAGUAAAGGCACAUUCACACCUAUUAUCUCAGUAGCAGUUUAGGCCUUUGGUAGUGUCCGGGGUGUACAUUUCAGUACUGUCUGCAUCACUGAGGCUGCAAUCCUAGCCCUGCUUACCUCUGAGUAAACCACGCUUACUUACUCCAGAGUUGGCAUAGUUAGGAUUGUGGUGCAAUUCCAUUUCCUCUCACUUUGUUGCUAAAUUUGCUGCUGGAGUAGGCAACUGCUCAGGAGUAAGGUAGGUAAACACAGAAUCCAAAUAGAAUUACACACUUACUUCUCAGCUGAUAUGGCUAAGAUUGUGCUGCAAGUGCUACUCUAUUCAGUGGGGCUUACUCCCAGGUAAGUACGGUUAGGACUGCAUCCUAAGUCCCAUUACCUAUUAGUGUGAACAAAUCACAGUCUUUGCCCUAGAAACAGGUGAACAAUGUUUACAGAGUGGCAUAUAUUUUUCAGAUUCUUGCAAAAUCAUAGCACUUUAAAUCUGUGAUAUGAUCAUAAUUCACAAUAAAUAUUUGUAUACGUAAUACAGUGUUUUUAUAGUUCUGCUUAAUAAUAUUCAUAUGGGGAUUUUUUUGUCAGAAAUAUGACUAUCGUGCAGCUUGGGCCCCCUCUCUCAAGUUCAAAUCCUCUUCAUCGGGGUGGUGUCAGGGAAGAGCAGAAAUUAUUAUUUUUAUUCAAUUUACCGGUAUAUACUGUCCUUUAUCAAAAGAUCCCUGGGCAGUGUACAACAUUAAGAACACAUUUUAUGGACCAUCAUCAUAAAAACACAAUCAUAGCUAUCAACCGUCCCUUAUUUGACGGGAAAGUCUCUUAUCCCAGCGCCGUGUCCCGUUGUUGUCCCUUAUUGAUGAUGUCCCUUAAAUUUCCCGGGUUUCAAAGGAAGCAGCUCCUCUCCCUCCCUCCCUGCCGGCCAGGGAGGAGGGAGGCUCCAACUGUGUUGCUUGGCUGUGUUGCUCACCCAAUAAGGAGUCUAAGAACGACUGGGGGGUGGAGCUUGCAUGCCUUGUGCCGAUCAAAUCGGCCGCGUUGCCUGCGGACUCACCUUUGCUCAGCGCUUCCCAGCGGAGAGGUGAUGGUGGUUUCCCUUGCUGCAUCCCCUUUGCCGGGUUGCUGUGCUGUGGGAACCACCGCUGAGGCUUCUUUUGGCUGCUGGCUGGGCUUUCUGCCUUUGGCUCGGAGGGGCUCAGAAGUUGAACAUACCUGUGCUUGGAAAAUCCCUUAUUUUGGCUGCUGAUCCCUUAUUUUCGAGGCUGCUGGUCCCUUAUUUUCAAAUCUGUAACUUGACAGCUAUGAACACAAUAAAAAACACAAUGAUAGGCAGCAUAAUGAUAAAACAAUCGUAACAACAGCCACACCCCUUUAACAGGCCAUAGAUUAUUUAAUGGCCAGAUACCUGGAUAAAGAGGAAUGUUAUUGCCUGGUGCCUAAAGACAUGUAAUAAUGGUGCAAGAGGAGCUUUUUCUUGGUUUGUAAGCUGGACUCAGUUCCCAUCAGCCUUUGUAAGCAUGACUCAUGGCAGGGGAUGAUGGGAGUUGGAGUGGAGUCUAGCAUCCUGGGGGAGGGCACAAGUGCCCAAGUGGUCUAAACUAAACUAAAAAGCUUCUAAAUUGAAACGAAAAGGGGGAGGAACACAUUGGAGGCAUACAAGAACGGUGUAAAGGCACAAGGGGCGCUGCAGUCUAACAAACGAGGAUUAAAGAAUCCUUCAAAGACAAGCUCACAUUCUCCUGUUGCCCCCAUGAUGUGUAAGGCUUCCUUCCCCCUAACUGAGGCAAGAAGUCUCAGGAACAUCACCCCAACCUGAUGCAAGCAGGGAGCUGGGCUUGUGCUCAAUAUAAUUAUUCAUCACAUAUGUGAGGUGCCAUCAGUCCUUUGAAUAAAACAGCAAAUAUUAUCAUGACGAGCUACUUCUAUGUAAGCCACACCUGGUUUAUUUAUUCCCCUGGUAGGCAGAGAUAGAACUGCCCUGGUCAGGAGCAAUGUAUUUGAACUAUCAUAGAUAAUAUCCAUUAUCCAAACAUCCAGAGUUUUCUUUAAAUACAAAAUAAGAAUUCCUGCAAAGUGCAAGCUCCUGUUGUACAGAGAAAAAGACGUGGGGGUUGGGGAAGAACACAACAGGACUUGUUUCCGAGAAGAGCGGAUCGUUGCAAUGUGCUCUGCACAUGGCUGCCCUUGGAGACAACUCAGAAAGUCUUAACUGGCCCAAAAUGCAGCGGCCAGAUUAUUGGCUGGGUUUGCCUUGGGACAUGUAUAAUCCCUUGCUCCAAAACAGCUGCACGGGCUGUCAAUUUGUUUCUACUCAGAAGUAAGCUCCACUGAGUUCCAUAGGGUUUACUCUCAAGUAAGUAUCUACUGGACUAAUAAAAAUUGGCUCUGCAUCUAUUUUCUUCUGAAUGCUAAAAAUGUGUUUCGUUUUUGUGGUUGCACCCCUAAAUGUCCCACCCCUCAACAAUGAUUGCAGAGCCUCCAAGCAGUGCUGGAUUUAUGUACGGUUGUACCUCGGGUUAAGAAUUUAAUUCGUUCUGGAGGUCUGUUCUCAAUCUGAAACUGUUCUUAACGUGAAGCACCACUUUAACUAAUGGGGCCUCCUGCUGCUGCCGUGCUGCCGGAGCACAGUUUCUGUUCUCAUCCUGAUGCAAAAUUCUUAACCCGAGGUAAUAUUUCUGGGUUAGCGGAGUCUGUAACAUGAAGCAUAUGUAACCUGAAGUGUAUGUAACCCAAGGUACCACUGUAUAAGCUAAACAAGCUAUAGCCAAGGGCCCCACUCUCUUGGGGGCCGCAAAAAAAAUUAAAGAAAAAAACACCUGGAUGUACAUUUCC